CUUGCUGAACACAUGGCUUCACGCCAUAAAUGCCUCUUCCUGCUCAGAGAAAACAGAAGCCCCAAUAUAGAACAACUCCAGAUACCUCGCUCAAGUAGACGCCACACACGCUUCAAUACACUCCGGUGGAACCUUCGCCUCAACCGCGAAGGAGAAUUUAAACUGAAUUUUACGAGACUAGAGGCUGGGAAGAGCCACAAAUCGGGCCUGUGGGUGCUGUAAUGUCCUCGUCUGCCAGCAUAUUUGGAAAGCCACCCUGCAGGAAGAAAGCAGACCACAGUUUCGCAUUUUUGACAGCCCACCACCAGGGAGGAACUAAGUCAUGACUGACGUGGGUCUGAGCCCUGAAAGUGCAGUGUUAGAGGGGCAGGACAUAGAGUCGGAUCGUGAACCACCUCAAGAGGAUGCAACAGUCCAGGAGGAUUGGGAUGAAGGAAGCCUCACUCUUGCCAAAUGUCCCCAGCUUGGUGACGAGGGACAGGGGCUGCAUGGGGAUCUCCAGCCAGCACAAGCAGACAUGGAGCAGGAUGAGCAAAAAGCCACCUUGCAUGCCGAAGUCGGUGGAGAUGAAGAUGAAGAGGGGAUGACUUUGGGUGGAGGCACCGAGGAGGAGGGGCAUUGCCAGCAGAAUGACGAUGGCUGCCAUGAUGGAGGGAUGCAACCAUUGGAGGAGAAGCCUAAUGAAUCUGCUGACAGUCCCAAUGAAGGACAGCAAAGCCUCCCCUUAGACUUUUCCCAGACCCCACAGGUACUGACGAGCUCCUGGAACGAAUACUCCAAUUUCCCAGAGAAUUACCUCAAAGGUUGCAAAUGGGCUCCGGAUGGUUCCUGUAUCCUGACCAACAGUGCAGACAAUGUGCUCCGCGUCUACAACCUUCCUCCGGAGGUUUAUACCUACAACUGGGAUGUGCUGCCGGAGAUGAGUCCGGUGCUGAAAAUGGCUGAGGGAGACACUGUGUAUGACUACUGCUGGUACCCCAAAAUGAACUCUCUGGAGCCUCACACCUGCUUUUUUGCCAGCAGUAGCCGCGACAACCCAGUCCACAUCUGGGACGCCUUCUACGGGGAGGUGCGCUGCAGCUUCCGUCCUUACAACCACCUGGACGAGCUGACGGCGGCCCACUCGCUCUGCUUCUCCCCCGACGGCUCGCAGCUCUACUGCGGCUUCGACAAAACCGUCAAGGUCUUCUACACCGAGCGGCCCGGCAGAGACUGCGAGGAGCGGCCCACCACAGCAAAGAAGCAAAGCGGCCAGAGCGGCAUCAUCUCCUGCUUGGCCUUCAGCCCGUGCCAGUCGCUGUACGCCUGCGGCUCGUACGCGCGCUGCGCCGGCCUCUACUCGUGUCAGGACGGCACCCUGCUGGCACUGCUGCCCACCCGCCACCGCGGGGGUCUCACCCACCUGCUCUUCUCACCCGACGGCUACUACCUGUACACGGGGGGCCGCAAGGAUCCCGAGAUCCUGUGCUGGGACCUUCGAGAGCCCGGUCAGGUCGUGUUCUCGCUCAAAAGGAACGUGGCGACCAAUCAGCGCAUCUACUUCGACCUGGACCCGUCGGGCAGGUACCUGCUGAGUGGGGGCACAGAGGGAGAGGUGUCAGUGUGGGACACCCAGAACCCCCCAGGUGGCGAGGAGCUACUGCAGCCUCAGCUCAGAUUCCAGGCCCAUUGGGACUGCACCAAUGGGAUCAGCAUCCAUCCGUUCAUGCCGCUGGUGGCCACAUCCAGCGGCCAGCGGCAGUUCCUGUGGCCCAGCGACGGCGAGGGCGACUCGUCCUCCUCGUGCUCGGACGGCGAGGGAAGCGACCAGGCCGCCAACCGCGCCGACAACGGGUUGAGCAUAUGGUGGGCCGGACCGUGCGGACCCCCUGCCGAGGAGCAGAGUGAGGAGGUUUCAAACAUGCACAGUUGAACUCGAAUGUCAAUUUCACGAGGCGAGACUGUGCCCACUGCAAAACCUUUUUUACAAGGAUGCAAAUGAAGACAAUUGUGCAAGAA